UGAUCUUCUCCAUUGACUAUCGUACGCAAAACAUCGAUCAUGCACAGAUGUUAAUGAUGUAGGCAAACGAAUCUUUUGACGAACAAUUUGGGUAGAGAGGCAAAAAUAAGGUAAGUAAGUCUCUCGCACCUGCACUGUACUUUAAAAUCAGAUUAAAACUACAACAACAACAACAACAACUACUACUGCACCCAUCACUGAGAAUUUUAAUUUUUGUAUGUUCUGAUCAGCCUCCGGUCCGGAAAGCAUCAUGACGCGGGUUCUGCUACUUUUCGCGUUUUUGAAAAGUGUGGUUCUCUUUUUCGCUUGCUGUCGUGCGGAGAAGUUCUUGCUUGCAGGUCGCGCUUUACCAGACCCGAAUGUCUUGCAUGUAAUAUCGUAUACAACACUAACGUCUGACGGUUUGGCUCCUAAGAUUAAGGCAUCCAAGACUGCAUCCACGACGUCAUACAUGGCAAUUUUCUCGAGGGGAAAAGGCGCCAUCAAGGACGCUACCAGGGAUGCGACUGAGGGAGUUCUAAUAGGAUCACCUUUUUUCUCAACGCUGAGGAGGUUCCGGAUGGGUUGCAACUGCAUGUCAUCCACGCAGAUUUGUUCAACCGGAUAAAUCCCGACCGAUUCUGCUGUAAGCGCGAGCGGCGUCGUUCAAAUACUUGCCCAGAUGCACUCGACAAAAAGUUUGUUCCGCCACCGCUUCUUCAGGACGAUGUUGAGGCGUUGCAGACGGAGGGCAAUGACGUUUCUAUCAACAGCAUGCUGCGCUCGUGGACGUUGGUCGGGCGAUCAGACGCGGCCAAAAUGGACUACAAGUCUGCUCUUGGAGAUGCGGCCGUGGGUGCUUCUGCCGCGGAUGGCGACAAUGGGCUAGACAAUCGGUCAUCUCCGAGAAACCGAGGGGAGACGAAGAUGUUGCUACCAGGGAACCUAGCGCCGAGCUCCGUACCCGCCACCGUAAAGCAAGGUGUGGAGGCGAGUAGGGGGGGAGUCGGAGAAGAUGGGGCAGGUAGGCGUGUGAUUGAUAAGGAUGCUGAGCUGGUGGCGGCCUACGGGAAACGACUCCGCAAGGGCCUCUACUUCGUAGUACUGAUUAAGGCUGGCCUCGGGAAUGCAUCUGAAAAGUCAUCUGGGAGCAGAAAACAUGAAAAUGAAAAAAGAGGUACUUAGAUGGGUCUACAAGAUGCUACCUAAGGGUAAGACGGGCACAUGUUUUCCUACGCGUCUAAACUGACCAACUGUGGCGUGCGAAGUGCUACGCAUCUGCAAAUCCGCAGUGGCUACGUGGAUUUGAUUACCUACAGCGCGUUGCCGGCUCCUUCUUUCAGAAUGCAUGACCGCAUGUUUCGGCGCGACGAAAAGAAAAGCCUCGUGACGUUCUAUCUGCCCGCGGCAGACAUUCCCAAGUUGCCUUUCUAUGGCAUCCUCUUCGGACUCUACACGGGAUUGCUCAUAGCGUGGGUGCUGAAGACGUUUUUCUUCUCCGAGUUCCGCAUUGCAGGAAGUCCCGCUGAGGUUGAACCCGGCUUGGCAACGCUGUCCAGUACUACAGAUGAUCAAUUCGCUGGCAAGCAAGAAGACGAUACGCCACAGGCGCAGCUGAAAGAGAUAAAUAGUAUGGAUUCAUCUGUUCAUCUUCCCACCGCACCAACCAUCUUGGCUGCGCGCCCUUUUGCUGCUCUUGCGAGCGCAUAUAAUAGAAGCAAAAUAUAUUUGAACAAUGUUUUAGUAGUUGGGUUUUCGUUCCAAAGGGAAAAACGCAGGUUGCAAUCACAUUCGUGCCAUAAAUAAUCAUGUAAAGAGAAGUAGCCUCGAUGGUCUGGAAGUGGAAGAUGGGAAAUCCUGCAUGAUUCAUAAACGGAGAGUUUUUCUGGCGCACAGUGAGUCUCGCAGGGCCUGUGCAUCACAUGGUUACUCAGGCGCUAGCCGUGGCCGUUCUGGAAUCCUUUUUUAGGUUCAGAUUUUCAUUAUGCAGGAUGAGGUAUUGAUAUCCACAAGGGGUCAAGAACGAGCCACCGAACAACAAUGGCAUCGUUGCUGAGACGGACUCUCUUGGGCUGAGGACAAUCAUCACUCGUAAUGGAAGUUCCUGAGACGACAGCAACCUAUUGUUUACCUUGCGUGGGAAACAAUGGAUUAUGAAAAAUCUCCAUACAACCUCUAAGCUUUGUUGGUAUUGUGCAUUAGCACAUUGGAAUCUUGUUGGGCGACGGUGGCAUGGUAUGGUAGUUUUAGCAAGUCUGUCUACAGCUCUGAAGCAGGGGAUAUCCCUGGCUUUGCUUCUUCUAGCUUGCUUGGGCCGCGGAGUGGUUUCCGACAACGGACAGCCGACCAGCCGUCAACGGGGGGGCAUACUGCUUCUUCUUGCUUUGUAUGUCCUCACGGACACGUACCGACGAACCGUUACAACGAUGGAGCAGCGACCAAAGCUAAGACUUCCCCCAUUCCAAAUCCAUCCUUCGAUUAAGUUCGAGAUGAGGCAUCCUGGAGCUGGAUAUGGACAGCGCUUGUUACAUUGGUACUCACUGGUCUAGGUACGGCGCGUACUUGUGAGAACUAUACAAACGGGAAAAGCACCGGGAUGCUUUUCAAGAGAUGGAUUAGUAUUACGGGCUACUUAUAACAAAAGGCGGCGCACCACUACCGGGAUUGGAUGUACCGGAACGAUACCGAGGAGGGAGUCUUCUCCUGGUCAUGCUUCCUGCUAGUCUUUUUUUGGGCAUAUUCGUUUCGUGGAUUACGUCCGCGCUCGACUCGACGAUAACCUACCUCAUGGAGCGAAGAGAAACACAGAAAGAAAGCGUAUUUGAUAUCUGAUAAUGAUUCUUUCAUUCAUCUUCUCGCAACGGGCCUGGAAGUACGUUUUUGUCUCAGAGCUUCAAUUAGGAAUCUUCAAGUCAACCUAUUUAUUUCUGGCAUCACAACUACGCAUUGGUACAGCUUUAUCUACAGCGCAGUAAAUCAAUUCAUUCCGUUUUAGAUAUCUUUCUCAUAUGAAUCUAUGGUCCAAAAUCCUCUAGCUCUACCCUACAUCAGAUGUAUCGGAACAUGCGCAGCUACGUUUUGUUUCCGAUAGGGGUUGCGGUUUUCCUGGUGCUCUGGUUCGAGGUCGCGUUUGUUCGUAAUAUAGACCUGGCGCACAAUUGUACGCAUGAGAAGGCUUUUUUCUCCCGUUAAAAAUUUCAAUAGCACGCUAGUAGAUUAGUAGCUGGCAGAAGUCGUCGGGGAAAUCUCAGGCACUUUAAUACACUUGUAACAAAAUGAAAAUCGUGCUCGACUAUGACGGGAGAAAACACUUACACUACAUUCAUAAAUUGGGAAACGCGUUGGCUGUUCACGGAUUUAGCGCUUCACGCAGGUCACUUAUUAAGAAAUAUUAACGAUAAAGAUUAAGUGCUUUCCGGAAAUUCCAAGGUUCGACGACGCAUUUCGGGGAUGUUUCUGUUGAAUCGAGAAAAAGGGACCGACCAAGAUGUUGCUUUUGAACGAUCAUGGAUAGCGAUAGCCGUAGCUCUAAACUUUACCUUACUUUUGGCAGUUUGUUGGCUGUGGUUGCCUAGCGAACGAACGGCGUACCUAGCUGGUGCCUUUCAACUGCGCAAUGACGAGGAAAACGAGCUACCGGAAACAAUAGGACGCCCGGAUACUUCAGAAUCGAGUCCGUCAUCAAGUGAUUCCGUCUUGCGGGGGGAGAAUCGGAAGAAUUAUGAAUCAUUCUCGUCCGCAACCGCUUAAAGUAAAGUUUCUUUGAAUACUUAAUACAGCAAUGUAAAUCAACAUCCACUCAUAAACCUUUGAGUGCUUACUACGGCAAAGUAAAGGAGCAGCGCCACUUUUUCUAUAAGCGUGCUUCUAUAAGAUUAGGAAGAUUAAACUAGUCUAGACUAAACAAACUAUCUACUAUCCGGUUCCGGUUUAGACUACAGAAGCUUGGAUCGGGAGUGGAUUUUCUCGUAUGUACUUACUUGUCAUCUAUUGUUCUUCCUCUGCUAACAAUAGACGGAGAAAGAGAGAAGGCAGCCGACCAGAGCCCUCGAGCAACACGAAAUCGAGAUUGAGCCUGAGGGGGGUGUGGAGCUAUCGGAGUUUGAAAAGGAAAUAAAUUAAGGACUUGCACCCAGCGAAUUGCAUUCCUUACUUGCAAUUCUGGAUCAACUUUCUAUAAAGAAAACAAUCCAGGAACGCUCUGAAGAAUGCAAUGCCAAAACUUCUAAAGAGAACUUGGAGGAAGCAGUGCUGUGGCACUCGAAUAAUCACGCGAAUAAAAAGAAAAAUGUUUAAAUGUGAUGGGUGUGAAAAAACACUCUCAGGUUCACAUCAUAAAUGUGCAGUGCUACUGUUAGUAUGCUUGCAAAUUGUGAUUUUUUGUGUCAUUGCGAGGACUUCCGAACCGCUCGACCGUCCUCGUCCAUGUGAUAGCAAAACUAAUGAAACUCGUCAGGAUUCGCCUUUCUUAUGAUAGUGCACACAGCAGUGGAUACGAGAUCACACCGCAUGCACUCAUAGAAGUCCAAUUUGGACCCAUGCUCUCCCAGCUCCUGUGAGCUACAUUCUCUUGAAAGAAGAGAUACCGAUGAUUGUUCGACGAAUUACAGCUGGUUCACUAUACUUGGUGAAAGGCAUACGCUCGGGCUGGCGCAGAAGCCAACGAUUUUGUU